AUGCAACCUUUCAAUUUCUUAACACAAAUGGAUAACAAAAUGAAUUUAGCCCCAAUGCAACAAUUUCAAAUGUAUGUUCCUAAUCAAAAUGUAGUAUUUCCGCAAGCAUAUUCAGAUAACGUACAACAAUAUAAUCAUCCUAUAUUUUUCGAGUCAUUACCACCUGUAUAUGUCAAAAAUCAGUUAUUACCCUCUCCGAUAUUGGUGCAAAUGCCUACUACAGUAGUUGUUCAAAAUGAGUCCCAACCUGCAAUGGUUCUUAGUCAACCACCUUCUAAUAUUGUCGUCAAAAAUAACCCACCUACGUCUGUUUUUGUCAAACAAUCAAAUCCAAAUGUAGUUGUUAAAAACGAAGCACCUCCAAGUUAUAUGCAAGGUAUUGAUGCAUGUCAAGACACAGUAGUAGUAGACCAAAAUAGGCAUGUUAUGACAAACUUGAAUAAAAAUGUGCAACCAUUGUAA